AUGCACGUUUUCUCAGAUGCCAGCGCAUCUGGGUAUGGCGCUGUUGCAUACCUAACCUCAAACGAGGGUGGAUGUUCGAAAACUUCAUUUCUCAUCGGAAAAGCAAGGGUUGCUCCAUUGAAAGCAACAUCUAUCCCACGGCUUGAACUCACAGCGGCUGCUGUAGCUGUAAAUUUAGGACAGAAAAUGACCCUUGAGCUUGAUCUCCAUCUCAACAAAAUCUGCUAUUACACAGAUUCAACAACAGUCCUUUAUUACAUCAGAGCUGAGAGAAAGCAUUUUCCAGUGUUUGUGGCCAAUGGAGUCCGUCAAAUAAGAGACCUCAGCAACACUAACCAGUGGAAGUACGUUAGCACUGAUUUGAACCCAGCAGACGUUGCAUCACGUGGAGUAGGUUCUGUGAUAUCUUCAGACAUGAUUCAUUGGCUGGAAGGUCCGGAUUUCUUGAAUAUGCCGGCUUCAGAAUGCCCUGCAAAGAUGCAUCCUAUCAGCGAACCGCAGGUUAUAGAAGACGACGUUAUGUCUUUAGCUACUACUGCUACAUCAGAAGAAGGCUCACCGUUUAUGUCUUUAAUCACCCAUUUCUCCAGGUGGGAGAGACUGAAGAGAGCAGUAGCAGUAUUCAUAGCAUUUUUGGCUUUCUUACAAAACAAAGAACAAACUAUAAAUUUAAGGACCACACAGAUCAUGCAAAAGGCUGAAAAGGCAAUAGUUUGCUUAUACAAAAGAUCACCUUUGCAAACGAGGUCGAGAAUCUCAAGAAAACAACCACGAAAGAAGACAAGAGAGAACACUCACUACCAAAAACAAGUAAGAUAUUCCGUCUCGACCCAGUGCUCAUCGACAGAACUCUGCGAGUGGGAGGAUGCCUCUCGAAAGCCGCAAUAG